UCGUGUAUCCUCUUUCUCCAUUCCCCACUACUCUCGUUCUUCCCUUUUGCGACCUUUUCUUAGAUCAGAUCUGAUUCAGUUAUUUCUCUGAAAUGGCAGCCCCAUCGGCUCGUGAAGAGAACGUUUACAUGGCGAAGCUUGCCGAGCAGGCCGAGCGGUACGAAGAGAUGGUUCAAUUCAUGGAGAAAGUCGCCAAUUCCAUGGCGGAAUCAGAAGAACUCUCUGUCGAGGAACGUAAUCUCCUUUCUGUCGCUUACAAGAACGUUAUCGGUGCACAUCGUGCUUCGUGGAGGAUUAUUUCAUCUAUUGAACAGAAGGAAGAGUCUCGCGGAAACGCAGAUCACGUUGCGUCGAUUAAGGAGUAUCGUAGUAAGAUCGAGACGGAGUUGUCUUCGAUCUGUGAUGGAAUUCUGAAAUUGCUUGAAUCGAAGUUGAUUCCAUCGGCUGCUAGCGGUGAUUCUAAGGUGUUUUAUCUGAAAAUGAAAGGUGAUUAUCAUAGGUAUCUUGCUGAGUUUAAGACUAGUGGAGAGAGGAAAGAUGCUGCUGAGAAUACUCUCAAUGCCUAUAAAGCUGCUCAGGAUAUAGCAAACUCAGAGCUGCCGCCUACACAUCCGAUUCGUCUCGGUCUGGCUCUCAAUUUCUCUGUGUUUUACUAUGAGAUUCUGAAUUCACCUGAUAGAGCAUGUAGUCUUGCAAAGCAGGCAUUUGAUGAGGCAAUAGCUGAAUUGGAUACAUUGGGAGAGGAUUCAUACAAGGAUAGCACUCUGAUAAUGCAACUCCUUCGCGAUAAUUUGACCUUGUGGACAUCAGACAUGCAGGAUGAUGGUGGCGAUGAGAUUAAGGAAGCUGCACCAAAACGCGAUGAAGAAGGAGGAGCCUAACUGAACACCGCACCUUACAUUACCUUAUCUUACCUUAUGACGUCUUCCUUCUCGGUCUGUUUUUGAACUGGAGAAGAAGUAACUAUGUCGUUUAUUCUAUUAUUAUGUAUUUGUCUAGGAUUUGGUAUCAAAACCUUCAAUUUCCAAACUAUGUUUCCUUAUUUCCACAGUUAUCAAUCAUAAAAAGCAGCAGUGCUUUUAGUU